AAAAACCUCUCAACUUUCGUCACUCAUCACUGACUCAGAGAGAGAGAGAGAGAGAGAUGGAGCAGAAAAUGGCAGCGUGGGGUUUCAAUAAGCAGAAACGCACGGUGACAAUUAGAGAUUUUCUUGAAAUAAUAAAGCGGAAUCUGAAGGAGAAUGAUGAAAGGGGUGUGAUCCAUCUGGGCCAUGGCGAUCCCUCUCCUUAUCCCAGUUUCAAAACAACUCCAGCUGCGGAGGAAGCCCUUCUCAAUGCCCUUCGCUCCACUCACUUCAAUGGCUACCCCCCUGCUGCCGGUCUUUCUGCCGCAAGAGGGGCAGUUGCAGAGCAUCUGAGCAAAGACCUUCCUUACAAGUUGUCGGGAGACGAUGUUUUCCUAACCGCAGGUGCCAAUCACGCGAUAGAGGUCGUGCUAACGGUCCUGGCCCGCCCGGGUGCCAACAUACUGUUCCCUAGACCAGGCUAUCCACUAUAUGAAGCGCGCGCUGCAUUUAGCAAUCUUGAGGUCCGUCAUUUCAACCUCCUGCCCGAGAGAGGUUGGGAGGUCGAUCUUGAUGGCGUGGAGGCUCUUGCAGAUGACAAGACCAUCGCCAUGGUUGUAGUCAACCCGGGAAAUCCAUGUGGAAAUGUUUUCACAUUUAAGCAUAUGCUAGAGAUUGCACAGACUGCAAAGAGGUUGGGGAUUUUGUUGAUCUCGGACGAAGUUUACAACCACAUUGUUUUUGGGAGCAACAAGUUUCUGCCUAUGGGGAUUUUGGGAGAAGGCACUCCUGUGGUCACUCUGGGAUCAAUGUCGAAGAGAUGGCUCAUUCCUGGCUGGCGCCUCGGCUGGAUUGCUGCUUCUGAUCCCAACGGAGUCCUUAAGAAAUCCGGGAUCAUUGAGUCCAUCGAGAACUAUCUCUGCAUCACAGCUGAUCCUGCAACUCUCAUCCAGGGUGCUGUUCCUGAAAUCCUCGAGAAAUCAACAGACGCGUUCUUUUCAAGAACCAACGAGACUCUUAGAGAAUCUGCAGAUGCAUGCUAUGCUACAAUCAGUGAGAUCCCUUCACUUUCUUGCCCACACAAACCCGAAGGCGCUAUGUCUACAAUGAUCGAGAUCAAUCCCUUGUUGUUGGAAGAUGUGAAAGAUGACGUGGACUUCGCCUUGAAGCUUGCUAGAGAGGAAUCAGUUGUGAUCAUGCCAGGAUCGGUCCUGGGGCUGAAGAACUGGCUGCGCCUCAGCUUCUCAGUGGAGCCGGCUACUCUGAGAGACGGGCUCGAGAGAAUAAGGGCAUUUUGUUCGCGGCAUUCCAACACCUACAAGGAUGAAUCUCGAAUCGAAAAGAUCUGCUUCAUCAAAUCGUAUGCAUGAUAUGAUGAUGAUCAAGUUUCAACUGCACUUAAUUUCCCUCUGCCUUCAAAGUUAGCAUGGGGCUUCUCUUGUUUUUUGGAGGGAAAAUUAAAUAAAAUUGUGCUUGUUACUUUAGUGGAUUGAUUGAUUUUAAAUUAGGGUUUCAAUGAAUUUCUCAAUAGAUGUUUUGGGAAUGAAUGCCAAUUAUGCCA